UUUUGAAUAAGCUUUAGAGUUAGGUUAGAAUUGUUUUGUUGUGAUGUGUCAAAAUUAUAAUUUGAAUGCAACCUACGCCCUAUGUAUUUAAUAAAUUUAUAAAACAAUAUGUUUUAGAUAAAAUUCCAAAGCAAUAAUUGGUUCUAAAAUGUCCGUCGUAAUAGAAACUACGCUUGGAGAUAUUACAGUAGAUUUAUACAUAGAGCAAAGACCUGUGACAUGUCUCAACUUUUUGAAGCUUUGCAAGAUGAAAUUCUACAAUUACAAUCUAUUUCACACCAUACGAAGUGGAUUUAUUGCUCAAACUGGAGAUCCAACUGGCGAAGGAUCGGGAGGACAGUCUAUCUUUGGGUUACUGGAAGGUCCUGAAAAACGAUUUUUUUCCGGUGAGAAAAUGCCCAAGAUCCGUCACACAAAUGCUGGUUUGCUGUCCAUGGUAUGCACAGGAGAUAUGAUGGUAGGUUCACAAUUCUUUUUUACUUUAGCUCCAGAUUUAGACUCAUUAAAUCCUGUACACUGUGUUAUUGGAGAAGUGACUGAGGGCCAUGAUGUCUUAAGGAAACUCAAUGAAGUAAUUUGUGAUGAGACAUAUCGACCAUAUCAGGAUGUAAGAAUCACACAUACUGUUGUACUUGAGGACCCAUUCAACGAUCCAAAGGGUUUUAGAGCACCAUCAAGAUCUCCGUCUCCGAGUGCUGAGCGAUUAAAAGGAGGUAGGAUAGCUCCCGAUGAAGAAAUAGACGAAACACAAGGCAAAACUGCUGAAGAAAUACAAGAACUAAUAGAAGAAAAAGAAGCAAAAGCAAGAGCGACAAUCUUGGAAAUAGUUGGUGACUUACCUGAUGCUGAUAUUGCUCCACCUGAAAAUGUGCUUUUUGUAUGUAAACUUAAUCCAGUCACAACUGAUGAAGAUUUAGAAAUAAUUUUCAGUAGAUUUGGUAAAAUUGUGAGUUGUGAAGUAAUAAGGGACAAAAAGACUGGGGACUCUUUGCAAUAUGCAUUUAUCGAAUUUGCUGACAAAAAAUAUUGUGAAGAAGCUUAUUUCAAAAUGGACAAUGUAUUAAUUGAUGACAGACGUAUCCAUGUAGAUUUCUCACAGUCUGUUUCUAAAAUGAGAUGGUUAGGAAAAGGAAGAGGUGUGAGAUAUUUUAAUGAUGAGGAAGCUAAACAUAAUCAUAACAAGGAACAAUCAAAUAGACCAGAAGGCAAAGAUAGAAGAGAAAAUAAAGAUAGACAAUGGGGUGACAGAAAUAAGAGAUAUGACAAUGAGAAAUGGAAUAAUCAUGACACUGAUAAACACAAUGAAAAAAGACAUCACUUGCACAAGACUAGAGAUAUGGAAAAUCAUAAAAGAAAAAGCAGAAGUAGAAGUAGAUCUAGGUUAGAAAAAUCAAGAAGUGAUAAACGUGACAACAGUUCUCGAAAUCAAAACUAUUCUAAAAGCACAAAUAAUGAAGACUCCCACAAAUAUACUGAUAAUAAAGAAAGAGAAAAUAGAAGUUCACAUAGAUCUAAAACACUAACUUCUACUAAAUCACAACAUUUGGAACACAAUGACAAAUAUGAUAGAAGAAAAAAUUAUGAGUACUCUAAUAAUAAUGAAAAGGAUAUAAAAGAGUCACAAAGUAAAUUAAAGCGUAAGCAAUUUGAAGAUACAGAUUCACUACAAAAUCAUAAAAGAGUGAAGAAACAUAAAAAUAUAGAACCACAUACCCCAUCUCCUGUCUCCAAGAAAAACAAAUUAAACAGAAGGGAGAAAGAUACGGAUAUAAAGAAAAAGAAGAAAAAUGUAAAAAAGAAAAGAAAACCAUCAACUUCAUCUUCUGAUAGUGAAUCUUCAGACUCGAGCUCUUCUAGUAGUGAUUCUAGUUCUUCUAGUGAAGAUAGAAAUAGAAAAAGAAUUAAAAGAAGAAAAAAAAAAUAUUCAUCAUCCAGUAGUAGUGAGUCUAGUUCAUCUUCAUCUAGCACAUCUAGCUCAGAUUCAAGCAGUGAAUCUACAAGUUCUAGCUCAAAUAGUGAACCGAGUAAAAGAAAAAGAAAUAAGAAACCCUCCAAAAGACACAUUACAAAGAAAUCUAAAAAGAAAUCUUAAUUUUUAGUAUUUGACAUAGUUUUCAAAGUGGUUUUCAAAAUCAUUUUUAAAAGUGGUUUGUGACUUUUGUUUUAAUUAUUGCUGUAUUUAUUCAUUUUUAUUUAUUCAACAUAGCAACUGAAAAUUUAAUGACUGUUACCAAUCAUACAUUAGACAAUUUAAAUAUAAAUAUUAUUCUGUGUUGCCAUUAGUUGAUUUGCAUGUAAAUAUGUACUUAGGUACAUAAUUAAUAUUCAUAUUAUAAAAUUGUAUAUUCACAUACUUCACUAUAUUGUUUAUUACUUAUUUUCUACUAUUACAACAGCUGGAUGUUAUAUAUUAUUUAAAUUUAUGUCUGUGAAUAUUGAAUAUUUGUAUAUGUAUGUAUGAAAACUGUAUGAUAGAAAUGUUAUAUUGGAAUGUCAUGUAAUAUGCUAUAUAAUUAGUAAUGAUAUUGUUAAUAUAUAUAUAUAUAUAUAUAUUAUUGGAUGAUAAUGUAAUUGUAAUCCUGCCUGCGAUAAUGGUUUAUACUAGUGGGGCAUCACUGAAGUAUGAUAGGUGUGAAUGAAAAGGCAAUUCAGUUAGAGCAUUGUGAUGAAUACAUGAUAAUCAACCUCCACGCGGUUCCUCCUGGAAACCAUAGUGGUUAAUUCUUGUUCAAUUGGUCACUAUAAUCCAACUGACCUGCCUUCAUUCUCACCUGUUACCCUGCACUGGUACCCCACCAGCAUAUACCAAUAACGCAGGCAGGGUUACCAUUCCAUCUUCACCCAUUAAAAAAACAAUCCUUUCCCCUCACUAAUAUAUAUUUCCCUAUAAUUAAUAGCCUUAACUAGGAUAUGAUAAAAAAUUAAUAUAGAGUACAAUCCAAAUCCGUUGAGCUAGACUGAAUUAAAAAAGUAUUCUCAGUCCCAGAGCAAUAAUUAUAUCUGUGCCUAAAUCUUGUUUACAUAAAAUAAUAUGCUUCAAGACUAUAAGUAUGUGAAGAUAAUAAAAUGUAUUCAAUGUAAUUGUUAACAAAAGGUCUACUACAUAAUCUAAUUGGCCUAUAUUUUUUUUAUAUAAUGUGAUAUCUUUGCCAAUUUUAAUCCCAUUUGAAUAAUACUUUUUUUCAAUCAAUAAAUAUUGCUCUCAUAUUAAUUUUAUAA